AUGCCAUUCGAGGAGAGCCCCAACUCCUUCCUCUUCGGCCUCAACCAAUUCACCUCUCCGCCUGCCGACAAUCAGAACGAAGGCGGCUCCAACUCGCGCUCCGACAGCAUGCUCGCCAACAUCGACGCUUUCGUCACAUCGGACGACGUCGCCAGCGGCUCGGCUCACAACGAUGCCACCGGCGGUCAGGCUCCCAACUUUGCCGAUCAGCUCGCCCUCUGGACCAACGCCAACUUCAGCUUCGACGGUCCCACCGGCCAUGCCUUGCUCGGUGACGAGGAGAAGGAGAAGGAGGAGGCAGAACACAACCGUCGCCGCGAAGACGAGAACCGUCGCAACCAGGAGGAGGAGCGUGAACGCCUCGCCAGAAACGCCGCCGCAAGCUCGCGAGGCAGCCAUGCACUGCGAGGCAAGGCUCGCGACAUCGACUCCAACCCUGCAAGUCCCUAUACGCCCACUUCGCAACCCCAUGCUGCGUCCGCCCAUGCCUCGCAGCAGCAUGCACAGCAGCACCACCACCACCAGCAGAGCUUCUUCCCUGGCGCUCCUAACUUCAGUGCUGCCGUCAGGCCGUCUCAACCCACCAACCCUGCCGGUGCAGGCAUUAGCAACCCCUUCCAGCUUUUCAGCGCCUUCCCAGGCUUGCAGCAACUCGGCGCGCAAGCCGCCCAGUCGCCGCAGCAGCCAGCUCCCCAAGCCGGCUUUGGUGCUCCCGGCUCUCUUGACAUGACUUCCGCCCUCGCCCUGCAGCACCUUCUCGCCAGCAAUCCGCUGGCCCUCGCUAGUCUGAGCCAGCUUGCUGGUCUCACCAACCCGCAACUCCAAUCCCAUCUCGCGGGCAUCGUCAACGGUGGUGCCGGUAUUGGUGGCGUGAAUGGGUCCCAACAGACGCCAGCGCCGCAACCAGGUCAGCCGCAUCCGAGUGCCGCCGCCUCUAGUCCCAAUCCCACUGCAUGGCUUGCUGCUCAGUCCCUGGCAGCCUCUCGUGGCAACAGCAUCAGCGCCCCGUCCCCUCACGUUGCCAACUGGGCCGCUCCAGGCGCAGGCGCAGGCGCCCCAAUUGCGCCCGCAUCGGUUCCACCUGCAAACGUGCCCGGUGCUCCAGUCAACGGCACGCAUUCGGCGGCUAGCAGCUCGACCGGCGCACCUUCGCGCUCGGACGCUCUGCAGGCAGGCGAGGCGAACGCCUCUGCGUCUGCCUCUGGAUCGGCGCCUUCCAAGAAGAAGCGUACCAGCACUUCGGAAGGCAAGAGAGCCCAGCACGAUGACCCCGACGACUCGGACGAGAUCGGCGGCAGGCUGGACGACAUCGAACGACGAUACGAGAUCCCGCCGCUCAAGCUCAUCGACACUGGCAAUCCGGAGGCCGAUGCGGAAGCCAACCGAAUGGCUAUCGAAGAGGACAAGCGCAGGCGAAACACAGCUGCGUCGGCACGCUUCAGGAUCAAGAAGAAGCAGAGGGAGGCUGCGCUUGAACACGCCGCCAAAGAGCUGCAGCAGCGACUCGCCGACCUCGAAGCCGAGAACGCACGUCUGCGCACCGAGAACGGCUGGCUUAAGAGCUUGAUCACCGUGCGUCCCGACCAGGCCAUGUCGGGCGGUUUGGAUCAGAGCGCCGUGCCCAACCCCUUCUCGAAUCCUGCCGGUCCCAGCGGUACCAGUUCGCACGCCUCGGGUCACUCGACCGCACAAGCUUCGCCUGCGAUCGGCCAGUCCAAUGGCGACCUCGGAGGUGCCGCGAAUCACUUUAGCCAUGACGCGCCCGAUCGCCAGAGCGGACUGCACCCGCGCGGCGUCGGCACUUCCGCUGGCGACGACACCAACGAUCCCAAACGCGCCGCCAACAAGAACGAUGGCGCUGCAAACAGCUCGCAACUCAAGCGAGACCGCGAGGACUAG